AUGAAGGCAGGUGCAGUUGAACUUGGUCAUGCUUCCAAGGUUACACAAAGAGGGGUGAAUAGAGGAAUGUCUAUACUUGACUUAUUUCUAAGGAUAAUCGCCAUAAUUGCCACCUUAGGAAGUGCCAUUGCCAUGGGAACUACUAAUGAAACACUACCUUUUUUCACUCAGUUCGUUCGUUUCAGGGCCAAGUAUAGCGAUCUCCCCACGUUCACGUUCUUCGUGGUUGCAAAUGCAAUAGUAAGUGCAUAUCUGGUACUUUCUCUGGGGAUGUCCAUCUUCCAUAUCAUGAGGAGUCGAGCACAAGCUCGACUCCUCAUGUAUACUAUUUUUUGGGAAGUAGCAAUGAUGGCGCUAUUGACGGCGGGAGCAUCAGCAUCAGCAGCAAUAGUGUACUUAGCACACAAAGGAAAUACAAAGACAAACUGGUUUCCAAUCUGCCAACAAUACGACUCCUUUUGCCAUCGUACUUCUGGUUCCUUAGUCGGUUCCUUUAUUGGAAUUAUAUUCUUCAUACUCUUAGUCUUACUCUCUGCUCUCGCCCUUUCUCGUCGUUGAUUAAUUUAAUUUCUUCUUGCCCAGCUGUAUGUAUCACUUAGCUUGUGGGCUUUAAUGUGUGCUCGUCUCUAUGUUUUUCAAGAUUUGAGUUUACGUACCUUGUAUCUCUCAUGUUUAAGAUUGUUCCUUGUGUUUCUUGUUUUAUUUUCCACGUACUCCAUCGACCCCCAGGGAUAGGAUGUGCUUUCUGUGA